UGUCUAUAAAGGGAGUCUUAUCUGCAAACCAAUCUCCAACACCGUUUCUGAAACAAUGUCUCUUCGUGGGAAGUUCGUGAGUGAACUAGAAUUAAACACAGCGGCUCACAAAUACUAUAAGGUUUUCAAGCAUCAAGUUUCUCAUAUUCCCAACAUCAGCCCUGGCAUCUUCAAAAAUAUUGAAGUUCAUGAAGGUGAUUGGGAUUCCCAUGGCCAUGGCUCCAUCAAAAUCUGGAACUACAAUAUCGAUGGCAAGGAUGAGGUCUUCAAAGAACGAGUGGAAUUUGAUGACGAGAAGCUGGCGGUAACCUUUGUUGGAUUAGAAGGAGAUGUGUUUGAGCAUUACAAAACCUUUAAGGCAACACAUCUAGUUGUGCCGAAGGGACUUGAACAUAGCUCGGUGGUUUUGACGUUGGAAUAUGAGAAACUUGGUGAUGACUCUCCAUAUCCGUAUAAGUACCUUGAUCUCAUGAAUAAUCUAGCUAAGGACAUUGAGUCUCACCUUUAGUAAAAGGUUUUUAUGUCUGGAUUCGAAAUCUAUGUUAUUGUCCCUCACAUUUUGAUGCAUGGUUGAUUAUGGUAUGCACGUGUUGUAUUUUCCUUUUAAAGUCAACUCUUGGUCGUGUUUGAGUUGUGUGCUUCUCUAUGCUUAUAAAAAUAAAUAAUGGUUAUCCUUUA